AUGGCUGCUCCUAGUGCGACCGCCGCUCAACCGCAUGCGCAAUCUCCUCAAGCUCUAGGGACGCUUGUGCGCCUGAGGGUGUUGAACGCUUCAGAGCUACCUACUCACGCCGAUAUUGCACCUCAGCAGAGCUCAGGGACGCCUCCUGAGCUUGGCUCUUUCCUGUUGGCUGUCCUCAAUGAAGCCGAGAGCUUCAUGACCGCCUACCUGCCGGCAAGAUUCAAGACGAAAAGCACUGACAAGCAGUCUCUACCGUCAAUAGCGCCGGUAGAGCUACUCUCACACGAAAUCAAUGCUGCCGACAUCCCAAAGGAGGUACGAUCCGCCGGUUCAGGUGCGACGGCAGAAAGUUGGUUCGCCAGAGUUAGCAUCCAUGAGAGCGCUGCCAAAGAAGGCACGGCAAGCUGGGAAGAGUUCGAUCAGGGCCUACGAGCAGAUCACAGCAAGCACGAGAUGGAAUAUACACCUGACGUUCAAGACGCACACAAAGUGCUCGAUUGGGAUAGUGCGAUUGAGCGAUCCAAUCGCAAAGUGGACGCUUGGGCAGAUGUAAGCAUGAGCAUCAUGGAGAUGGUACAUCAUAUCCCACCUCCACUUAACGAUCGUGUGUUUUCUGUCCUCGUUGUGACGGCCAAGCAGGCCGAAGAGAUAAUCGUCGUGCAAAUACCCGUGGAUACUGCGGGCAUGGCAGGCGCAAAGUAUAACACCAAAAGCAGCAAACUGCAGAGCGGCAUUUAUGUCAGCAUUGAGCAUGGUCAACUCAUCGAUGGUGGUGCAAAGGUCAAAUGGCAGAUGGCGACCGCAAGCGAUGCCAAGGGCAUACUGCCAAUGUGGGCGCAGAAGAUGGGCGUGCCGGGUGCGGUUAUCAAAGACGUUGGGCUCUUCAUUGGGUGGUGCGCCAAGAGACGCGUCGGGGAGGCCUAG